CCAAGGGAGGAGAGACUCUGGCCUGAGCAAGGCUUGACCAGCCCAGGGCCCCGUGUCCAGAGCUCUGGGGUCCCCCCUACACCUUCCUCCCUGGGCCUCUGCCCUUUACUGAAUGGUGUCCACCCACCUGCAGGUCUCUCUCAGUCCCAGCCAGUCCUGUUUCCAAUGUUGAGCCUUGCUCUCUGGGGGCAAUUUGGGUUUGUGGUGUUUUUUUUUCCCCUUGUGCUUUUGGUUAUCAUCUUUUUUACCCCCUUAUUUUGUCACCUUCCCUUUCAUGUCUGAUUCCCUGUUUGGGGUGCUUCUUUUUUUUCUCCCUCUCUUUUUUAAACCUUUCCUUUUAAACCUUUUCUUUUUUUAAACCUUUCCUUUUAAACCUUUUCUUUUUUUAAACCUUUCCUUUUAAACCUUUUCUUUUUUUAAACCUUUCCUUUUAAACCUUUUCUUUUUUCCUCCUUCUACUUUCUUCUGAGUGGCCAGUGAGAAUAAGACAACAUAGAGAAGGGUAAUCUGGGAGCCAAUAGGGCUGGGAGCUUUGGGCUAGCAGUGAAAAGCAAAAGCCUGUGUGGACAAAAUUAGGAAAAGUAAAGUGGAACAGCUUUGGAUUCCAUAAGAGAAAUCCUGGAAUGAGCAGCUUGAAGGGGAGAAGGGAGGAUGAGCACGGUCUUUUGCUUCACUGUGAAAAUUCAGAAGCUGCUUUGAGAAGAGCUUUAGCAAUCAUCUAGUCCGGUCUAUACCUUAAGAGAUUUCUCCUCUGUGUCAUCUCAACUUCCACUUCAAAAUCUCUAGUGAUGAGGGGCCCCCUAGCCCCAAAAGGCAUCCAAUUUCACUUUUAAGCAGACAGACCCAUAACUAGGUGAGGCUACCGGGUCUUUGCCCAAAGCGCGAAAAUCUAGAGGAUUCUGUUAGCAUCCGAGAAACAAAGAAACAUUCAGCAGUGAGAAACAACCAAGUUUCACAUCUAGUUAGCAAGAAUAAUUAAAGUUGGAAGCAUGUAUUGUGUGUGUACUAGGUGGCAGGUACUAGGUGCGGUGGCUAUGGAGAGAUACAAAGAAAAAAAUGAAAUGCUUCCUACCCUCAAAGAGCUUAUAUUCCAUGAGGGAGAUAAUGUGCAUGAGAAAUACAAAGUGUUUAGGGAGGGAAAGCAUUAGCAGCUUCGGCUAGAUGGAAAGGCUUCACGAAGAAGGUGUUGUGUCAUUUGGGUCUUGGAGGAAGUGAGGGGAAGAUGAGGAAGAAGCCUAUUCCAGGUAUUCCAGGGGCCUGACCAGUGCAAUAGCAAAGACAAAGAUUAUGCUGUCUGUCCUCUGUGUGAGGAACACAAAGUCCACUUUGACUGGCCUUCAGAGUGCUUAAGAAACAUAAUGUAGGGGGCAGCUGGGUAAUUCAGUGGAUGGAGAGCCAGGCCCAGAGAUGGGAGGUCCUGGGUUCAAAUUUGACCUCAGACACUAUGUGACCCUGGGCAAGUCACUUAACCCCCAUUGCCUAGCCCUUACCGCUCUUCUAUCUUGGAACUAACACAUAGUGUUGAUUUUAAGGCAGAAGGUAAGGAUUAAAAAAAAAAAAGCAGAAGCAGCAUAAUAUAUAAUAAGCCUGGAAAUACAGGGCAGGGGUAGGUUGUAAAGGGGAAAGCCAAACCAGAGGAGUUUAUAUUUUAUCCUAGAGGCAACAGUGAGCCGUUAGAAUUCAUUGAGUAGAGAGCGACGUGAUCUGAGCUGCAUGUAAGGAAAACCAUGUUGGCGGCUGUGUGGAGGAUAGAUGGAAAUGAAGAGGUUCGAGAAGGAGACCAGAUAGUCUUUAUUAUGAUUCUGCAGUCAUCCAAGGGGGAGAUAAUGAGAGCCCAAACUAGGGUCGCUGCUGUUUGAGGAGAGAUGAAGGGUCAAAGACAGAUGGUGUAAAGAGGGAAAUGGCAGGAUUGGAAACUGAUUAGACGUGGAGGGUGGGAGAAUGUGAGGAGUCUAGGAGGACGCCAAGGUUAUAUCAAAAGGAUGGUGGUCCUUUCAACGGAAGCAAGGAACUGGGAAGAAGGGUGGGCUUUGAGGAAAGAUGGUGAGUUUUCCUUUUUGUCCAGGCUGCAUUUGAGAUCUAUAUAGGCCAUCCAGUUUGAAAAGCCCCAGAGACAGUUGGUGAUGUAGAACUGGAGAUCAAGAGAGAGACUGGGACUAGACAUAUAGGAAAUGACCAGUUGCUACACUUCCUCAUCCCUCCAAGGCUACAUCCUAGUUGUACUCUUUCUAAACCUCAACCUUCUCUCCAUCGUGGCCUUCUUCUUUUUCUUCUUUUUUUAAACCCUCACCUUUCAGCUUAGAAUCACUACUGUGUAUUGGCUCCAAGGCAGAAGAGUGGUCAGGGCUAGGCAAUGGAGAUUAAGUGACUUGCUUAGGGUCACACAGCUAGGAAGUGUCUGAGGCCAGAUUUGAACCCCAAACUCCCCUCUCUGAGUUUGGCUCUCAAUCCAAUGAGCUAUGCUUCCAAUGUCAAGGGGACUGGUAUUCACUGGCUCACCGGCAUGGGGCAAUGUCCUAGAUACUCUCCCUCAAGGUGAGGUCUCCAGGUAUGAGAUGUCUUGCUGAGAUGUCUCCUAUCUUCCACCAACCAAACUUCUCUUAAAUUGGCUUAAGGAAGUCCUUCUUGUUGCUGGCCCUGGGCACAUUUUGUGGUGCUUGCCCUGAACGUAAGAAUUGCUAGCCAAGACUGUGCACAGCUCUAAUAAUGAUUAGGAAUGUCUUCCAUCUAAAAUCUAUCUUCCUGUAACUUUCUCCAGAUGCUCCUAGUUCUACCCUUUGGGACCAAGAGAGGUAACACCAGCAAUAAUGUACCCUUCAUUCAAUUGUUAAUCGAUCAACAAUUAUUUAUUAGGUAUCUACUCUGCCCCUCAGUCUCUGCUAGGCUCUGGGGAUUAAAUGCCAAAAUGAGACAAUCCUUGUCCUAAAGAGGGCAUUUUACCAAAAUGCAAACCUUUAGCAACAGAGGAUUGGCAAAGCCUCUAUCACAGUUAGGUCAAGUAGUUUCAUUUUUAUAUUUUUUAUGCCUAGCACCUAGCACAGUGACUGGCACACUAUUGUUAUUCAGUCAUUUCAGUUGUGUCCAACUCUUUGUGACCCCACUUUGGGUUUUCUUGACCAAGGAAUGGUUUGUUGAACAUUUAUUAAAUACUUGCUGUGUGCCAGAUAUUAUGCUAGGCACUGGGGAUAAAAAUAAAAAAAGAAUGAAAUGACUUCUUCUUGCAAGGAGUUCAUUUAUGUUAAGUUUAAAAAAAAAAGGAAAAGCUUGUUUCUCAUUUUACAGAUGAGGAAUCUCAGGCAAACAGGGUUAAGUGACUUACUUAGGGUCACACAGCUAAUAAGUGUAUGAGACUGGACUUGAACUCAUGAACAUGAACAUAAAUCUUCCCAAUUCCAAGCCCAGUGCUCUCUCCACUGUGCCACCUAUCUGGCACAUUAAAAAUGUUGUAUAAGUGCUUAUAGGUUGACUGACUGUUUGCACAUGGGUUCUCACUAGUAAAAAUGAAAUCCCAAUGAAGAAAUUCUCUGAAUACAUAAAAGUUAGUACCUACAAAUUCUAAUCUUAGAGUCACCUAAAAUCUUGAGAGGUUAAGUGACUUGCCAGUCACACAGAGAGCAGAUAUCAGAGGCAGAAUUUGAACCCAGGUCUUCCUGCCUCUGAACCCAGCUUUUUCUACCCCUUUCCUACUUUAUAGAUGAAGACACUGAGGCUCAGAGAAAUGGUCAACUCAUGGUCACGAGGCUAGUUGAUAAUGUAAAUGGAAUUCGAGCCCAGAUUCUCUCUAAAUGCAGAUUAAUUUUAAAUGCAGUAUUCACCACCGUAUGACACAGCCCAUUUUGUAGCAUCCCUAUUUUAUAGUUCUGCAGAUAUCCAAAGGGAUCAGUUGUGUACUCUUAAGUUUUCUCUUCUUGAAGAGGAAUUAUUGUACUGAAGAGGAAUUAAAGUAAUUAUUAGGAGAUAUCUUAUCUGAGAAUAUGCCAAUAAAGCUGAUAAUCUAGGAGAAAUGGGUAAAUAUUUACAAAUGCCCAGAAAAAUGGAAAAGGAAAUGGAAUACUUAAAUAACCCCAUCUCAGAAAAGGAAAUUGUAUAAACCAGCAAUGAACUCCCUACGAAAACAUUUUCUAUUCCCCAGGCUAGACCCCCCUAGUUCCUUCACUGAGCCCCUCCAUGGCCUGGGCCUCCCCUCGUCUCCAGCUUGUCAGUGUCCUUUAAAAUGUGUUCUCUGUGGCAGUUCAGAUGUGGUCUGAUCUGGGCACAGGGUGGUGGGUGUAUCACCAUUUUCCUUCUGCCUCUCUCUUAAUAAAUUAGCAUCUGUGCCUGCACGGUAUUGUUGUAGCCGGGCCUUGGGGAACUGCUGCCCCAAGUGCCUAGUAGGAGGGGUGUAUUGUGUGUGGGGAGAGGGAUCCCCUCUUAUUUUCUUACUUAUCUGCCCUUAGACUUGCUGCUACUGGAGAGAUAGUGGAACAGGGAACAGAUAGAGGAUAAUUAUGUUCCGGCCAUUGGCCCAAGAGACUACUAAAUCCCAAGGAAUGUAAGAGCCCCAGAUUUGGGGGUGAGCCAGCAGCUAGGUGGUCCAGUGGAUGGAGCACUGGGCUUGGAAUCAGGAAGACACAUCCUCGUGAGUUACAAUCCAACUUCAGACACUUAUUAGCAGUGCAACCCUGAGAAAAUCCUGUUUGCCUAAAAAAACCAAAAACCAAAUCAGUUGGCAGACAGGGACUUCGAUUCUAGUGCUGGUUUUGCCAUCAAUUUGCUGGGUGACUUUGGGCAAGUUGCUUACAUUUCCCAGGUCUCUUUUUUCCCUCUAUAAAAUGAGGGGUUCGGACUUCAUAUCUCCCAAGGGCCCUUAUGGCUCUGAGAUUCUGUAAGUCUAAGUCACUUUUCAUAACUCAAUGCUCAGGGGUGAAGCCGAGGCUCCCCUGAGGUCCCGUGAGGCCAGCAACUGGGAGUUCACCGAACAUCUAAACCAGACCAUAGUGGGGCAGAGAAUGAUGGAAGAAGAGCAAAGACUCAUAGAUCAGUUGACAGAUCGUUGUGAGAGAGCCAGGGCAGCAUCAUUACCCCUGGUUUACAGAUAAGGAAACUGAGGCUCGGCAUGAUGACCUGACUGGUUUGAGGACAUACAGUUAGGAAAUACAGGUGGUAGGAUUCCUACUCAGGUUUCCUGACUUUACGGGGGACAAAGGAGAGACUCUUGGGCUGGGGGAGAGGGUGUAGAGAACCCCAUGGGAGGAGGGGAAGCUCCCCACCCCUCAUCCCCUGCAACUAUGCCCAACCCUUCUGCCCUUUCCCCUUUCCUCCCUCCCUUCCCCCCCUUUCUCCCUCCUACCUUUUGCAUUUCUCCAUCUACCCCUUCUUUUUUCUCCCAGAAAAUCUCGAGGGGUUUCUCCUCAUAAGGGUGGCUCAAGUUAACACUGUGCCCAGGUCCUCCCCACUAACCAAAAUGGUGGCCUUGGCUUUUAGCCUUUACUUCACACUGUUUUCUUACUAUCUCUCUUUCUUCCUUCUUUCUUUCCAGCAACUUUUGGCAACUAAGACUGGGGGAACCCUUGAAGAUCAAAUCAUCGAGGCCAACCCAGCCUUGGAGGCCUUCGGAAAUGCCAAGACCCUGAGGAAUGACAACUCCUCCCGUUUUGGUAAGUUCAUCCGCAUCCACUUUGGACCGUCGGGAAAGCUGGCAUCUGCCGAUAUUGAUAGCUACCUCCUGGAGAAAUCUCGAGUGAUCUUCCAGCUGCCCGGGGAGAGAGGAUAUCAUAUCUACUACCAGAUCCUGUCAGGGAAGAAGCCAGAACUGCAGGAUAUGCUGCUGCUCUCUCUGAACCCCUACGACUACCACUUCUGCAGCCAGGGCGUCACCACUGUGGACAACAUGGAUGAUGGCCAAGAGCUCAUAGCCACCGACCACGCCAUGGACAUCCUGGGCUUCAGCGUCGAUGAAAAGUGUGCCUGCUACAAAGUGGUGGGGGCCCUGAUGCACUUCGGCAACAUGAAAUUCAAGCAGAAGCAGCGGGAGGAGCAGGCGGAGGCCGACGGCACUGAGAGUGCUGACAAGGCUGCCUACCUGAUGGGGAUCAGCAGUGGGGACCUUCUGAAGGGGCUGCUGCACCCCCGAGUCAAAGUGGGGAAUGAGUUUGUGACCAAGGGCCAGAGUGUGGAGCAGGUGGUGUUUGCCGUGGGGGCUCUGGCCAAAGCUACCUACGACCGGCUCUUCAGGUGGCUCGUCAUGCGUAUUAACCGGACCUUGGACACCAAGCUGGCCCGGCAGUUCUUCAUCGGGGUGCUGGACAUCGCCGGCUUUGAGAUCUUCGAGUUUAACUCCUUCGAACAGCUGUGCAUCAAUUUCACCAACGAGAAACUCCAACAGUUCUUUAACCAGCACAUGUUUGUGCUGGAGCAGGAGGAGUAUCGCAGGGAGGGCAUCGAGUGGGUGUUCAUCGACUUUGGCCUCGACCUACAGCCCUGCAUCGACCUCAUCGAGAAGCCGAUGGGCAUCCUCUCCAUCCUGGAGGAGGAGUGCAUGUUCCCCAAGGCCUCUGAUGUGAGCUUCCGGGCCAAACUCUAUGACAACCAUGCUGGGAAAUCACCCAAUUUCCAGAAGCCUCGACCAGACAAGAAGCGCAAAUACGAAGCCCAUUUUGAGAUUGUGCACUACGCUGGGGUGGUACCCUAUAGCAUCGUUGGGUGGUUGGAGAAGAACAAGGACCCUCUGAAUGAGACUGUGGUCCCAGUCUUCCAGAAAUCUCAGAACAAGCUGUUGGCCUCCCUCUAUGAGAGCUAUGCAGCCUCUACCUCUGCCUCAGCUGAGGGCUCCAAAUCCGGGGUGAAGGAAAAAAGGAAGAAGGCGGCAUCGUUUCAGACGGUGUCCCAGCUGCACAAGGAAAACCUCAAUAAACUGAUGACCAACCUCCGGGCCACCCAACCACACUUUGUCCGAUGCAUUGUCCCUAAUGAGACCAAGACGCCAGGAGUCAUGGAUGCCUUCUUGGUGUUACACCAGCUACGCUGCAAUGGGGUCCUAGAGGGGAUCCGCAUCUGCCGCCAGGGUUUCCCCAACCGCCUGCUUUACAUGGAUUUCAGACAGCGGUAUCGCAUCCUGAAUCCCAGCGCUGUCCCAGACGACACCUUUGUGGAUAGCAGGAAGGCCACGGAGAAGCUCCUCUCCUCACUGGACAUUGACCACACACAGUACAAGUUUGGUCACACCAAGGUGUUCUUUAAGGCUGGACUGCUGGCUGUGCUGGAGGAACUUCGGGAUGAGCGAUUGGCCAAGAUCUUGACCUUGCUGCAGGCCAGGAUCCGGGGCCACCUCAUGCGCAUUGAGCACCAGCACAUGAGAGGGGGAAGGGAUGCCCUCUACACCAUCCAGUGCAACAUUCGAGCUUUUGCCGCUGUGAAGAACUGGUCCUGGAUGAAGCUUUUCUUCAAGAUGAAGCCGCUGCUGCGCUCUGUGCAGGCCGAGGAGGAGCUGGGGGCCCUGAGAGCCGAGGUCCGGGGGCUGCGAGGUUCCCUGGCGGAGGCCGAGGCCAAGAGGCAGGAGCUGGAGGAGAAGCACAUAAGCAUCGCCCAGGAGAAGAAUGACCUGUCUCUGCAGCUGCAGGCCGAGCAGGACAACCUGGCAGAUGCAGAGGAGCGCUGUGACCUUCUGAUCAAGUCCAAGGUGCAGCUGGAGGCCAAGGUGAAGGAGCUGAGUGAGCGGCUGGAGGAUGAGGAGGAGACAAACUCUGACCUCACUGCGAGGAAACGGCAUCUGGAGGAUGAGUGCACUGAACUGAAGAAGGACAUUGAUGACCUGGAGCUGACGUUGGCCAAGGUGGAGAAGGAGAAGCACGCCACAGAGAAUAAGGUAAAGACUUUAGUGGAAGAGAUGGCUGGGCGGGAUGAAACGGUGGCCAAGCUGACCAAGGAGAAGAAAGCCCUGCAGGAGGCCCAUCAGCAGGGGCUGGACGACUUACAGUCCGAGGAGGACAAAGUCAACACUCUGAGCAAAGCCAAGGUCAAGCUGGAGCAGCAGGUGGAUGAUCUGGAAAGUUCCCUAGAGCAAGAGAAGAAACUACGCCUGGAUGCAGAACGGGCCAAGCGGAAGCUGGAGGGGGACCUGAAGCUCACCCAGGAGUCGGUGGCAGAUGGAGACCGGGACCGGCGGCAGCUGGAAGAGAAGCUCAAGAAGAAGGACUUUGAGAUGAGCCAGCUAAACUCCCGGAUUGAGGAUGAACAGGUGCUCGGGGCCCAGAUGCAGAAGAAAAUCAAGGAACUACAGGCCCGAGGAGAGGAGCUGGAGGAGGAGCUGGAGGCCGAGCGGGCAGCCCGGGCUCGCGUGGAGAAGCAGCGGGCAGAGAGUGCCCGAGAGCUGGAGGAGUUGAGUGAGCGGCUGGAGGAGGCGGGAGGGGCAUCGGCGGGGCAGCGAGAGGGCAGUCGGAAGCUGGAAGCAGAUCUGGGCCGGCUGCGGCGGGAGCUGGAGGAGGCCACCCUGAGGCACGAGGCCACGGCGGCGGCGCUGCGCAAGAGGCAGGCGGACACGGCGGCCGAGCUCGGGGAGCACAUUGACAGCCUCCAGCGGGCCAGGCAGAAGCUGGAGAAGGAGAAGAGUGAGCUCAGGAUGGAGGUGGACGACCUCAGUGCCAACGUGGAGGCCCUGACCCGGGGCAAGGCCAACGCAGAGAAGCUCUGCCGGGCGUCCGAGGACCACCUGGGGGAAGCCAAGGCCAAGGUGGAUGAGCUGCAGAGGCAGCUGGCCGACGCGACUGCCCAGCGGGGGCGGCUGCAGACUGAGAAUGGAGAACUGAGCCGCCUGCUGGAGGAAAAGGAGUCCCUGAUCAGUCAGCUGAGCCGCGGGAAGACGUCGGUGACCCAGAGCCUGGAGGAGCUGAGGCGGCAGCUGGAGGAGGAGACCAAGGCCAAGAGCGCCCUGGCCCACACCGUUCAGGCGUCGCGGCACGACUGCGAGCUCCUCCGGGAGCAGCACGAGGAAGAGGCCGAGGCCCAGGCCGAGCUGCAGCGGCUGCUGUCCAAGGCCAACGCGGAAGUCGCCCAGUGGAGAAGCAAGUAUGAGGCCGACGCCAUCCAGAGGACUGAGGAGCUGGAGGAGGCCAAGAAGAAGUUGGCGGCUCGGCUCCAGGAGGCAGAGGAGGUGGCCGAGGCAGCCCACGCGCGGUGCUCGUCCCUGGAGAAGGCAAAGCUCCGGCUGCAGACCGAGGUGGAUGACGUGAGCCUGGAACUAGAGCGGUCCACCUCUGCGGCAGCCGCCCUGGACAAGAAGCAGCGCCUUCUGGAGCGCGCCCUGGAGGAGCGGAGGCGCCAGGAGGAGGAGACCCAGAGGGAGCUGGAGGCUGCACAAAGGGAGGCACGGAGCCUGGGCUCGGAGCUCUUCCGACUCCGGCACAGCCACGAGGAGGUGCUCGAGGCCCUGGAGACCCUCAAGAGGGAGAACAAGCACCUACAGGAGGAAAUCAGUGACCUCACCGAUCAGAUCAGCCUGAGUGGGAAGAAUUUACAGGAACUGGAGAAGGUGAAGAAGUCACUAGAGGGAGAAAAGAGUGAGCUCCAAGCCGCACUGGAGGAAGCUGAGGGGGCUCUGGAGCUCGAGGAGACAAAGACACUGAGAAGCCAGCUAGAACUGUCCCAGGUGAAGGCCGACAUGGACCGGAAGCUGGCAGAGAAGAACGAGGAGAGUGAGAACCUCAGACGAAAUCACCAGCGCACAGUAGAGUCACUGCAGGCUUCACUGGAUGCUGAGGCCCGGGCAAGGAAUGAGGCGCUGAGGCUUAAAAAAAAGAUGGAGGGGGACUUAAAUGAGCUGGAACUGCAACUAGGCCAUGCCACCCGCCAGGCCAGCGAGGCUCAUGCAGCCACUCGCCUGCUGCAAGCCCAGCUCAAGGAUGCCCAGGUAGCCCAGGAUGAGGCGCAGCGGGUGGCUGGGGAGCUGCGGGAGCAGGGACAGGCCUUGGAACGCAGGAACGGGCUGCUUUUGGCAGAACUGGAGGAGCUUCGGGCAGUACUGGAGCAAGGAGAGAGGGCCCGGAGACUCGCUGAGCAAGAGCUGCUUGAGGCCACUGAGAGAAUAAACUUGUUGCACUCCCAGAACACAGGCCUUGUCAGCCAGAAGAAGAAAUUAGAGGCCGACGUGUCACAACUGAGUGGAGAGGUGGAAGAGGCCAUGCAGGAAAGCCGCGAGGCUGAGGAGAAGGCGAAGAAAGCCAUCACUGAUGCAGCCAUGAUGGCUGAGGAGCUGAAAAAGGAACAGGAUACCAGUGCCCACUUGGAGCGAAUGAAAAAGACACUGGAGCAGACAGUGAGGGAGCUCCAGGUUCGGCUGGAUGAGGCCGAGCAGGUGGCCCUCAGGGGCGGCAAGAAGCAGGUCCAGAAGUUGGAAGCCAAGGUCCGUGAAUUGGAGCUGGAGCUGGAUGGGGAACAGAAGAAGAAUGUGGAGGCCCAGAAGGGCAUUCGAAAACACGAGCGCCGAGUGAAGGAGCUCACUUAUCAGGCUGAGGAAGACAGGAAGAACCUGGCCCGGAUGCAGGAUCUCAUUGAGAAGCUACAGAGCAAAGUCAAGAGCUAUAAACGCCAGUUUGAGGAGGCAGAGCAACAGGCCAACUCCAACCUGGUGAAGUAUCGGAAGGCUCAGCACGAGCUUGAUGAUGCAGAGGAACGGGCAGACAUCGCAGAAACCCAGGUCAACAAGCUUCGAGCUCGCACUCGGGAUGCCCUGACCCCUAAGCAGAAAGAAUGAAGCCAUAGAAGCCCCCCAGGCCCUCAGGGGCCCAAGCUCUGAAGAGGAAUGGUUGCUGCAACAGCUCCAAAGAGUCCUGUCUCAUUGCUCACUGCUAUUCCUAGGACCUCCAAUCCCAUCACUUACUGUAAUUCCUUCUCCAAGCCCUUCUAGUUUCCCAAAUAAAGGCAACUUCUUUUAAUUCA